UGAAAGCUCCAUUUCUGGACCCUUUCCUUUAAUUUCCUUCCCUCUCACGUAGUGUUUGACAAAAUGCUCGCCCCAAUACAUCCGGCACGUCUAUUUUGAAGUCGCACGAGAUUCGAAACGCAAACCUUUGCCCUGCUUGGAAGGCGAGCCAUAGAAAAUCUCGCCGCGCUUUCUUCUGAGGUCGAUAUUCAGGCCGGCUUACCGAUGUCGUUGGAUCCGCGCUUUUUAUAGCGGCUCAGAGAGAAGAUAAAAGAAAAUUUAAGCUAUUUUCGUCGAGCUGUAAAGCUCUGCAAGCGAGAGCUACGUAGGUUUAGAGUUUUUUUUGUGAAUAUUCUGACCCAGAGGAGAGCCGAAACGCUAACAUGACGUCUCUCAGCCGGGAGCUGGUGAUCCUUAUUUUGCAGUUUCUGGAUGAAGAAAAGUUUAAAGAAACUGUUCACAAACUGGAGCAGGAAUCAGGGUUUUAUUUCAACAUGAAGCACUUUGAGGACCAAGUGCAGAAUGGACAGUGGGAGGAGGUGGAGAGAUAUCUUUCGGGGUUUACCAAGGUGGAGGACAAUCGUUACUCCAUGAAGAUCUAUUUUGAAAUUCGGAAGCAGAAAUAUUUAGAGGCUCUCGAUAAACAAGACCGAGCUAAAGCAGUAGAAAUACUAGUGAAAGAUUUGAGAGUUUUUUCUUCCUUCAAUGAGGAGCUCUUCAAGGAGAUUACGCAACUUCUCACUCUAGAUAAUUUCAGAGAAAAUGAACAGCUUUCCAAGUAUGCAGAUACCAAGGCAGCUAGGAAUAUAAUGUUACUGGAGCUCAAGAAACUUAUAGAAGCAAAUCCUCUUUUUCGAGACAAGUUGCAAUUUCCCUCAUUGAAGGCUUCUCGUUUGCGGACACUGAUUAAUCAAAGUUUGAAUUGGCAGCAUCAAUUAUGCAAAAAUCCAAGGCCCAAUCCUGAUAUAAAGAGCCUUUUCGUUGAUCACAACUGUGGACAACCAAAUGGAGCUCGUGCUUCACCAACAAACAAUUCUAUAAUGGGAGUGAUACCCAAAGGGGGAGGUUUCCCACAAUUGGGUGGUCACGGGGCAUUUACACCAGGACCUGCCUCUGCUACAACUGCCCUUGCUGGCUGGAUGGCAAAUGCCACCCCUGGAUCUCAUGUAGCUGUGCCUGCAGGGCCUGCUGGAAUAAACACAUCAACGAAUACUGUUGCCUUGCUCAAGCGGCCCCCUCCAAUCAAUGGCCUGUCUGUAGAUUAUCAAUCAGCUGAUUCUGAGCAUCUUUUGAAACGAGUAAGGCCAGGCACUCAACCUGGUGAUGAGGUAACCUAUCCUGGCCAGAGUCAACCCCAAGGCUUAUAUUCACAAGAUGAUCUUCCCAAGACUGUUGUACGAACAUUGAAUCAGGGGUCUUCCAUUAUGAGUAUGGAUUUUCACCCCACACAGCAGACUAUACUCUUAGUUGGUACAAAUGUUGGCGAUAUAGGUUUAUGGGAUGUAGGUUCACGGGAGAGAUUGGCCCAUAGAAAUUUCAAGGUGUGGGAUUUGGGAGUAUGCACUCUUACUUUGCAGACAACACUUGUCAGGGAUCCUAGUGUUUCUGUAAAUCGUGUUGUGUGGAGUUCGGAUGGCAUCUUUUUUGGAGUUGCUUAUUCAAAGCACAUAGUACAUAUCUAUGGUAAUCCAAAGGGGGGGUUGCGACAGCACUUAGAGAUAGAUGCUCAUACUGGUGGCGUCAAUGAUCUUGCAUUUUCAAAUCCCAACAAUCAACUUUAUAUAGUGACUGGAGGAGAUGACAAAAUGAUAAAGGUUUGGGAUGCACUAACUGGUCGUAAGCAAUACACAUUUGAAGGUCACCAGGCACCUAUAUAUUCAGUAUGCCCUCAUCAUAAAGAAAAUAUUCAGUUUGUCUUUUCAACAUCUAUUGAUGGAAAGAUAAAGGCUUGGUUAUAUGAACAAGGGGGACCAAGGGUUGAUUAUGAUGCUCCUGGACGUUGGUGUACAACAAUGGCCUAUAGUGCUGAUGGAACAAGACUUUUCUCUUGUGGAACAAGCAAGGAGGGUGAAUCGUAUCUUGUUGAAUGGAAUGAAAGUGAAGGAGCAAUAAAACGAACUUAUCAAGGUUUCCAAAAGCGCUCACUGGGUGUUGUACAAUUUGACAUAAUAAAAAAUCGAUUUUUGGCUGCUGGAGAUGAAUUUAUGAUCAAGUAUUGGGACAUGGACAAUCUUAAUCUUCUGACUACUGUGGAUGCGGAUGGUGGACUACUGGCUAGCCCUCGUCUUCGUUUCAACAAGGAAGGAUCCUUACUCGCUGUUUCAACAAAUGACAAUAGCAUCAAAAUUCUAGCAAACUCUGAUGGGCAACGUUUGCUGCACAUGUAUGAUAACCGCUCUAUAGAAUCUGCUAGAGUUCCUCUAGAACCAGUGACAAAGGCAUCUGCAGUAAAUGCAGUGGUACCUAUUGCCUCAGCUGGGGGACUUUCUGUUGGGCCUCCAAGGCAAGGUUCUCCGGCAGCAUCUGUGGGUCAACUGAGUGGUGUUGAUAAUAGAAGUCUUGGGGAAGUCAAAGUCAAGGUAGAUGAUGAAUCAGUUGAAAAAAGUAGAAUAUGGAAGUUGAACGACAUAAUAGAGCCCACUCAAUGCCGAUCACUAAGUCUCCCUGAUACUCGAUCGACAAGCAAGAUUUUAAGAUUGAUAUACACCAAUUCAGGAGUUGCACUUCUGGCUUUGGCUUCCAACGCUAUCCAUAAGCUUUGGAAGUGGCCACGAAAUGACAGCCAUCCCAGUGGCAAGGCAACUGCAAGCAUUCUUCCACAGUUAUGGCAACCACCAAGUGGCAUCGUGAUGGCUAAUGACAUAGGUGAGACUGAUCCUGAAGAAGCUAUUCCAUGCUUUGCAUUAUCAAAGAAUGAUUCUUAUGUCAUGUCAGCGUCUGGUGGGAAGGUUUCCUUGUUUAAUAUGAUGACAUUCAAGACGAUGACAACAUUCAUGUCACCACCACCAGCUGCAGCAUAUCUUGCUUUUCAUCCUCAGGACAACAACAUAAUUGCUAUUGGCAUGGAAGACUCAACAGUUCAAAUCUAUAAUGUUCGGGUGGAUGAGGUAAAAAUUAAACUCAAGGGUCAUCAAAAGAGAAUAACCGGUCUUGCAUUUUCACAAGUAUUAAAUGUUCUCGUGUCAUCUGGAGCAGAUGCACAGAUUUGUGUGUGGGGAAUAGAUGGAUGGGAAAAGCAGAAGAGCAAAUUCUUGCAAAUUCCAGCAGGUAGAGUGCCAUCACUCUUGGCUGAUACUCGAGUUCAGUUUCAUCAAGACCAAAUUCAGUUUCUGGUUAUACAUGAAACUCAGCUGGCCAUGUACGAAGCAACAAAACUGGAGCCCCUUAUCCAGUGGGUACCGUCUGACUCACUUCCUGCUGCAAUAUCUAAUGCCACCUACUCCUGUGACAGUCAACUAAUAUUUGCUAGUUUCUCUGAUGGUGCUGUUGGCAUAUUCCAUGCUCAAACAUUGAGGCCUAGAUGCCGAAUUGCUCCAUCUGCUUAUAUUCCUUCAAAUAUUAGCUCUGUUGUAUACCCUCUUGUUGUUGCUGCUCACCCUACAGAGCCAAACCAAUUUGCCCUUGGAUUGUCAGAUGGAACCGUGCAGGUAUUGGAACCUUUAGAUUUACAGGGCAUGUGGAUCAGUACAUCUGCUGAAAAUGGGACAGGGGGUGCUGCUUCUGUGGUACCGAUGACUGGAAAUUCAAGUUCAGAGCAAACCGUAAGGUGAGAUAACUUGGACCAAUUACGAGAGGUGGCCACGACCAAUUCCUACAGAUGAUAGUCCCAGUAAUUUUAACAUUUGUGGGACAUCGUCAAUGCUUUGUGGCUUUCACUGAAGGAUAUAACUUAGGUUGUACAUAGAAAUACAAAGAAGUCAACUUGCAUUGCAUGUUCUGAUUCUUUACAUCUGCUUUUCAUUUGGAUAUACCCGUCCUGUAAUUUGUGGACAAAGAAGGCAAUAUAUAAUGUUUUUUAAUAAAGCUUUCUAUUGGGUGUUUAAUUUACAAAUGCAACCAUGAUAUAAUGUACCUUCUAGAAGGCAUUUCUAUUGGGUAAUGAUUUUGUGUUGUAAAAUUUCACGGGCUCUGUUAUUUCAAAUUAAUUUAGUUCAGUCAAAAUUUUCAUUUUCA